UUUUUGUCUGUUGCUCUUUGAUUUCAUUUCAUUCAUGCUGAGCGCGACAUUGAGUUCUGUGAGGGUAGGAGGACGCUCGGCAGCUGGCGCAGCAGCAUGGCGAUCGCUCUCGACCGUCGCUGUCUCUGCUCCUGCUGCUGCUGGCUCCGACACCACCGCCGACACCACCACCAACACUAGCACCACCACCACCACCAGCAGCAGCAGCUCAUCUGCGUCGGCGGAGGGCGCCCAGGCCGAGCGCAACAAGAAGGGCAUCCGCUUUGAGGUGCUCCAGCCGCUCUCGUUCGCCCAGCGCCCGCUCGGAUCCGUCACCGAGGCCAUCCAGGCCAUCAAAGCGUUUGCAGUGCGCCCACAGCCAGCGACCGUGGCAAUGACGCUCGGCAUUGAGAUGCGCGACGCCAAAGGCCGCAUGGGCCAUCCCGUCCAUGCAAUGGUUGCGCUCCCGUACGUCCAGAAGAAGCGUGAAAUCAUUCUCGUCUUUGCUCGAGGUGAUGAUGCGGCGAUUGCAAAGGCCGCUGGUGCUACGGUUGUUGGUGGACCCGAGCUUUUUGCAGAUAUCACAGCCGGCAAGCUCAAGUACGACAAAGUUCUUGCUACAACUGACAUGCUGGCGGAGGUCAAGGCCGUGGCCAAGUACUUGCGCCAAGCGACGCCAACUGUGAAAAAAGGCACCGUUGCGGACGGCGAGGCGCUUGGAACGCUUGUUCAAUCCAUGGGCACCGCGCUCGACAUGCGAUCAGAUCGCAAGGGAUUUAUCAAUGUCAAGAUUGGCAAGACCAAUCAACCCGCAGAGCACCUGUUUGAAAACAUCCGCGCUGUUCUCAAGGCAACACGGACACCAGAAUUUAACCACCAAUCAGAGACCCCCAAGUAUAUCGGCUGGGUUGCACUCGGUGGAAGCUAUUUGCCCACCUUCCCAAUCGUCCCAAACGCUGCUCUGACUCAAGCCAUGGGCGUGAAUGUUAUUCAAAAGAAGCCCGUCAUCAAGGCCGCCAAGAAGAAGGUUGUCAAGAAGAAGGCCACAAAGUAAACGUUGACAUUCUGCCCCCCCCACCCCUGUGUCUAUGCCCUGGAGCGCAACCAUGUACUUUUUAAAAAAAAUCCAAUCUCUC